AUGGUGAAAUGUCUUGUGGGAAAUGGGGCUGAUGUAAAUGGAAAAAACAAUAGCGGAUUGACAGUGUUGCACUGUGCUGUUGUAAAAGGUUCGCUAGAAAUGGUGGAAUAUCUUCUUGAGAAGGGCGUUGAUGUAAAUGUGAAGAAUACUCACCUGCAAACAGUGCUGCAUUCUGCUAUUUCUGAAGGUAAGCCAGAAAUGGUGAAAUAUCUUGUCGGAAUUGGCGCUGAUGUAAAUGCAAUAAAGAAUAGCGGAUUGACAGUGCUGCACAGUGCUGUUAGAAAAGGUUCGCUAGAAAUGGUAGAAUAUCUUGUCGAGAACGGUGCUGAUGUGAAUGCCAAUGAUUCUAACGGGGAGACAGUGGUGCAGUCUGCUGUUCGUGUUGGUGAUUUAGUAACUGUCAAAUAUUUAGUUGAACAAGGUGCUGAUAUAACUGUUAGAAAUGAAUACCUCUUUUCUGUUGGUAUUGUCAUCCUCCAAAUGGCUGUUAGAAACAAUUUCGUCGCCUUGGUCAAUCUUCUUUAUGAGAAGGACAUCGCGAUGUGGAGAGAGCAAAAGAUUAUUGUUAAAGGUCAAGGAAUGAAUCUUCUUGAAUGGAGCAUCCACCUUGGUCAUGAUGAAAUUGCAACUAUCUUUAAAAGUUCCGUAAAACAUCGUGAGAAAAUUCAGAAGUUGAAAAUAACGAACUGUAACCAGUUAGAAGAGGUUAUUGGGAAGUUUACAAACAAACGACAUCGCAGCUCGCUGACGCGAAUUUGGUUUCGCGCAUUUGGUUUCGCGCACGGGUUCACAUACAAUCCGAAUAGCUUCCGAAAAGUGCUCUUCUCAAGCGAAGAUGGUUCGAUGAAGGACGUCAUGUUGUUUAUUGGCAUUCCGAUGCAGGCCUUUGUCGCCGAAAAGCAAUUCAGAAUUGGCGAUGGUGGAUAUUCAAGUGUCUAUGUUGGUCUCAUGAAGGAUGGGACUGAAGUUGCUGUAAAGAAAAUGCAGGUAGAAAAGUGUGAUAAAGUAGCUGAAAACGAAAGGGAAAUUAUGGAUCUUAUUAAAACAAGCGACUCGCCAUUUAUAGUGAGUUAUCGACAUUUUCACCGUGACGAUACCUCCAUGUAUCUUAUUCUUGAUCUUUGCGAAGAAACCUUAAAGGAACUUGUUCAUGCAUCCAGCAUUGAACAUCUACAAGAGCGUGGUCCACGAAUGAUCAAAGAAAUUCUAUCAGGACUUAAAUUUCUUCAUGGUAAAGGAAUAUUGCACAGAGAUCUAAAACCAUCAAACGUCCUGGCUGAUAUCGAGGGUUGCAUGAAAUUGGCAGAUUUUGGAUUAAGCCGCGUUCUAAAAGAGGAUGAAACGACGGUUAAAACAGACGCUAACGGCACUCCCGGAUGGGUGCCAACAGAAGUAAUUGAAGCAGUAGAGAAACAAGAAAAAGGUCCUUUCAAAAAGAAAUCGGAUGUCCAGGUAGCGGGUAUGAUUGCUUUCUUCAUCUUAACAAAAGGUGAACACCCUUUUGGAUCUCAGUUUGAUCGAAUGAGAAAUAUUUUGAAAGGAAACCCUGUGAAUUUGAAGAAACUUGGUGAUCGUAAAGCUCGAAAGUUUGUGGCGUGGCUGAUUCAUCACAAGAUUGAUAAGAGACCUUUUGCUGAGGAAGCGCUGUGGGACUCUUUCAUUAAUAAAGAUUGA